GUUAAAAGGACUUUCUACUUUGUCUGCCAAGUCAUUACACGCAGAAACGCCAGAAGCACCACGCAUACACGACAUACCUCAUACACCGGAAAAAGACAGAUACUAGGAGUGUGCAAUGGGCAACUCUGUUUCCACUGUCACGCCAUCAGCAGCGACAGCAGGCAUCGACUCCUAUGUGAGCGAACUAGGAGAUAUUCAUUAUGAGAAGAGUCUUGGGAGUGCCAGGUUUAUGAAGACGAUCCGUGGCCGUCAAAAGGAAGGGUCUGUCGUGGUCAAGAUAUUCGUCAAACCAGAAACAGGCUAUUCUUUGAAGCAGAUUGCCAGAAUUUUGAAUGAGGAACGGGAGAGUCUGGCUGAUGUCCCAAACGCAAUUGCCUUCCAAAAAGUGCUGGAGACAGACCGUGCUGGAUACCUCAUCAGACAGUACUUCUUCAGCAGCCUUUACGACCGCAUCAGCACUCGACCAUUCAUGAACCUCAUUGAAAAGAAAUGGGUCACAUAUCAAUUGCUCAAGGGUCUCGCAGACUCCCAUGCCAGAAAUGUUUAUCAUGGCGAUAUCAAGACGGAAAACUGCCUUAUGACAUCUUGGAACUGGGUGUACCUAAGCGAUUUUGCUGGAUAUAAGCCCACAUUCUUGCCUGAGGAUAAUCCGGCAGACUUUUCUUUUUUCUUCGACACCUCUUCUCGGAGAACGUGUUAUCUUGCUCCAGAGCGAUUUUAUAAACCAGGAGUCGACACGGCGAAACAAAAGCAGGCUGAAGAUCCGGAAAACAUUUUUGCGGGAUUGACGACAGCCAUGGACAUUUUUUCAGUUGGAUGUGUUAUUGCAGAACUCUUCUCUGAGGGGACACCCAUCUUUUCGCUCUCACAAAUGUUCAAAUAUCGCAGCGGAGAAUACGAUCCAGCACCAUAUAUCAAUAAAAUCGAGGACGACCAUAUCAAAGAUUUAAUUCGGCACAUGAUUCAGCUGGACCCAUCGAAGCGAUUCAGUGCCGAUCAAUACCUUGCUGAAUGGAGAGAUCGCGCGUUCCCAAAAUACUUUUACACCUUUCUGCAUCAAUAUAUCCAUUCAGUAACAGAGUCUGCAGGGGAGUCGUCCAAUUCCGGCACAGUCGAGAGUGCAGUAUUCUCCAACAAUCCAGACCCACAGGAACACCCACCGAAAACCGAUGCGGACGAAAAGAUUGAGAGAAUCUACCAUGACUUUGACAAAAUCUCGUUCUUUUUGGGCCUCGGAUCCCAUCAAGCCAACGAAACUAGUGUUGAAGGUUCAUCUAUUGGGUCACUAUCACAGGACAUGCAAUCCUUGUCGAUAGCGAAAAAAAUAACCUCACGGACUACGGACUCGCACUAUGGACCAACAAUAGAUGAAGGUGCUCUUAUUUUCCUGUCAUUACUGUGUUCUUCUAUGAGAAAUACUGCUUUUCCCUCGUCCAAGAUCCAUGCGCUAGACAUGUUAUUAUCCAUCGGGAGACACGUAGCCGACGACAUCAAACUAGACCGCCUUGUUCCUUACAUCGUAUCAUGUUUAAAUGACGAAGUCGGACUUGUUCGCGCUCACGCCUUAAAGAUUCUUGCGAAAAUGCUAGACGAGGUGGAAACCCUGGAUGUAAUCAACGUGACGAUAUUCCCAGAAUACAUUUUGCCAGCAUUGCAAGGAUUCCCUUCGGACAAGGAAGUCCUAGUACGAUCAGCAUAUGCAGGCUGCAUAGCACAGUUUGCGCAAACUUCUCUUCGCUAUUUGGAGCUUGCUCAGUUGUUGAAGAACGACGGUGCUUUUACAGGAAACGAGGGUGAUGGGGAAGCAGAUGGUUCUCCAUACGAGGCGACUUACGACUCUGCACUGCAUGACUUGCAGGUAGCGAUUGAAGACCAAAUCCGUAUUCUGCUUGUGGACCCAGACAGCAGCGUCAAGCGAGCACUUUUAUCCGAUAUGACCUCGUUGUGUAUAUUCUUGGGCAAGCAACGCGUGGACGACGUCUUGCUAUCGCAUAUGAUUACCUAUCUCAACGGGAGAGACUGGAUGCUUCGCAGCGCCUUUUUUGAAAGCAUUGUUGGCGUCGGAACAUUCGUGGGCGGGCGCAGUCUUGAGGAAUAUAUUUUGCCGUUGAUGGUCCAAGCAUUGACAGAUUCUGAGGAGUUCGUAGUAGAAAAGGUCCUCAAGUCUUUGGCAAGUCUCUGCGACUUGGGCUUGUUCCAGAAAAUGGCCAUCUGGGAUCUUGUCAGCGUUGUGGCUCCGUUGCUCUGCCAUCCCAAUCUCUGGAUCCGCUAUGGUGCUAUCGGGUUUAUUGCCUCUACUGCACAGCGACUACCUGUGGCCGAUGUAUGGUGCAUGAUCCAUCCAAUAAUCCGACCCUUCAUGAAAUCAGACGUCGGAGAAGUAAACGAACUUUGCCUCAGAGAAAACGUCAAACCACCACUCAGCCGGAAUGUCUUUGAGAGUUCAAUCCAGUGGGCAGCCGUCGCCAACCGGACAUCUUUUUGGAAACCUGUGCGAGAACGACCCGCUAAUAUGCGCACAGUCUCCACAUCGUCUAAUCAUUCGAUUGCUGUGCCGUUGGACCUUCAUUCUACACGGUCCAAUGAUCCUUCCCCCUUCUUUGUUGUUGUCAAGUCAACAGAGGACGAAAAAUAUCUCGAAAAACUUCGGUCGAUAGGCAUGACGCAUGAGGACGAAGACAAGCUGGCUGCGAUGCGGGAAUAUAUUUGGAAGCUAUCGAGGUCACGGCAGAGUGCCAGACCUAAAGGCCGCGAAGACGAGGUGGAAGGCAUCACCAAGGAUGGUAGCGUGGAUCUAAGGAAGAUCGGUAUCACCCCGCGCACAGUUUUCCUGUCCCCAGAGCUGAUCGAGAAGGACUACAGUCUGACCCGUGUAUAUACUCAUCUUGGCAAGGCAAAGUUGUACGACAAUGCCCUACUGCAUCCAAAUCGGAAGAUCGUAAAAUCCAGCACAACUGGUAACAUGUCCAGAAUAUCAAGCGAAAGCACCAUCAACAGCUCGACCAGGAUCAAGGACAGCUCUUCGGCUUCUAUAUAUGACGGUACCCCAUAUGAUCCCUCCGCCCCCGGACAGAGUGGAGCAAACCUUUAUCUUCAGGCAGCAUCCGAACGCCAGUCAACUGCUUCGUUUGCGUCCUCAAUCGCACCCAUCACAUUUCAGUCCUCCAACUACGGCCAAAGUAUCGUUCAAUCGUUACCUAACAGUCCGGAGACAUCAAGGACGAGGUCUCUCACCUCUAACAUCGUCAUGGAUAAGAACUCAAGACGCACUCGAAUUCUACUCACCCAGGGAAACACUGUCAGCUCAGAGUCUGGAAAGGCUGCGGCUGCAACUAGUAUGACCGAUACCAACGCACAGGGCAUGAUCGAACUUCCCGUGAACGAAAAAACGGUCCAGGAUGUUAUUGCCGGAUCUGGUGUAGACAUGCCGAAGCCGAACUCUUCGCCUUGGCAAGCUCAAUUUGAGGCUGCUUAUCCUGGAGGAUCUUCACGAAAUGCUCGAGGUUCUGAGGCGUUUGGCAGCAGAGUCCUCACUCACUCUGUCGACGGAGGCAAGCGUAAUCUGACAGAGCUGCUAGCGCACCAGACUCUGAAGGUCUUCCAUUCACCCACGCAUGAUUUUGGUCCCAAUGUUCCGCCACUCUCGAGGCAUCGGCGUAUGCACCGUAAUAAUUCCCAGACUGUGCGCAGUCAAUGGAGACCCAAAGGGACUCUAGUGGCACAUUUGGCGGAGCACAAGGCUGCAGUGAAUCAGAUAUGUGUGUCGCCCGAUCAUAAUUUUUUCGUAUCCUGCUCUGACGACGGCUCUGUGAAGAUCUGGGACACUGCUCGACUGGAGAAGAAUGUCACCAACAGGGCACGAAUGUCCUACAAUGCUCUUGGUGGCCGAGUGACAUGCAUAUCGUUCAUUGAGAACACACACAGCGUGGCAGCAGCAUCGGACAAUGGAUCGAUCCACAUCUUCCGCGUUCACUACAUUUCCGCGGGGAAGUAUGGAAAGUGUGAGGUGGUGCGUAAGAUCACUCUCGACGACGAGUUUGCAGUGACCAUGGAGCAUUACAACACAGAAUCGCAAUCCCUACUGGUGUAUGCAACGAACCGUGGAAAUAUUCACGCGCUGGAGCUGGGAACGAUGCGUCCAGCUUGGCAAUUGAAGAACAAUAUAUCACAUGGAGUUAUCACGGCGAUGGUCAUAGAUCAUAUGAAGGCAUGGCUACUGGUGGGUACCAAUAGGGGAGUGCUGACCCUCUGGGACCUACGGUUCAUGAUCGCCAUCCGCACUUGGGUCCACCCGAGCAAGUCGAGGAUCAGCCGACUCGUUGUUCACCCAGAACCUCACCCGUCAUCCCGCGGAGGAAAAGUCAUUAUUGCUUCUGGCAGAAACGAGGUUUCUGUCUGGGAUAUCGAGCAUGUUGAGUGUCGCGAAGUCUUUGGCGUUCGGAAUGCGGACGAAAAGAAGGCGCUUUCAUUCGACACAUUCAAAGCGACAGAACCCCUUUCUGGAAGCGAACUACUUCGUAACUCCUUUACAUCAAGCGACUCCAAUGUCUCUGCUGACCAGAGCGUGCGAGCCGUAAUAUUCCCAGCCGACUGCGAUUACAUGAUCACAGGGGGUGCGGACCGAAAGAUGCGAUACUGGGAUACCGGUCGCGUUGAAAUCUCCUACGUGAUCAGCGGACACGACUCGCAUGAUCCGCCGCCCAAAUACAAGACUGGCCGAUUCGAGGGACUACCUGUGCACUACGAAGUAACCCCAGUGAUGGGCGUGAAGCCAAGGAAUACUGGGCGAAGCAACGUUAUCACAGUCCAGCAGCAGCAGCUCUUGCGAAACCAUCUGGAUGCCAUUAUGGAUAUUGCGUUGACGGAGUUCCCCUGCAUGAUGCUCAUUUCAGGGGACCGCGAUGGAGUCAUCAAAGUCUUUAGCUAGGGCAGCUAUUUACAAUAAAUAGGCUAUCAAACCCCGACUGAA